AUGGUGAAAAUCGUACCCUGCGUCGCACUGAGUGUCGUGAUCGCUGCCGCUACACUAGAGCUAGCUCAAGCUACCCCUCUACAAUGCAACGCUUACAUGCCAACAGGAGCGGAUGCUUUCUUAACGGAUGACCACCCAGCAGUCAUGAAGGACUACAACGGCGCCGUACCUGUCGAGUAUCCCGUUGACCAAUGCAACGCCGCCGGAUCGGCCGAGUCAACGCGUAAAUUACGCCGCAUGGAGGACGCACCCGGCUCGGAUAUCUCGGAUUUAGAGACGUACUUCGAUGAAAGUCUCGAAGUGGACUUCACGACGCUAAAGGAGAAAUACUCUUCUGCUGCUGCGCCGAAAAUCCCGUGGCCAGGUAGCUACUGGCCCGCGUACCAGGACAGCAUCAACGUCAUCUGGAGAACCGGCGAGAAAAGUGCUAGCGCUAAAUACGCCGAAGCUUUUGGUCUUGAUCCCAUUGACUUUAUGAACAAGAUCUCGGCUCAAAAUGGCGUCGACGCACAUUCCAACAACACAAAGUGCGCAGCUGAUACAGACUGCGCGUCACUUAAAGAUGGCAGCGUGUGCGCUAUUCGCAAAGACGCCCCGAGUGGCUACUGCAUCCCGACGUGGUACGGUAUUUGCCACGCCUGGGCGCCGGCUGCCAUGCUCGAGGACGAACCAAAAUGUGACGUCGUCAAGAAUGGACAAACGUUCCAUGUGAUGGAUAUUAAAGCUUUGGUAUCGGAUAUCUACGACGGGUCUGCUAUCCCGACCGUCUUCACCGGUGCCCGUUUUAAUGGCCCAGACACUCCCGUCAUGAUAGACGAGUACGGACGCUACACGAGCGCAGCGCGUCGUGAUCUAGGUGCCGGUUUCUUCCAUCUCGCCAUCACCAACAUCAUGGGGAAACACGAGCAAUCGUUCAUUAUAGACGUCACGGCAGGCGCUCAGGUCUGGAACCAGCCUGUGCGGUCGUACGAGGUGCAGAAGAUGGAGCUGGUGGACAAUGCACAAGCGUCGCAGCAGUAUUUCGGCACGAGUGUGUACCCGUUCAACAGCGAGAUGGUGUAUCUCGCGUACGUAAAUACAACCGUGACCUGGGUCGUCGAGGCGUACGCUGACGGUCCACUUGCUACAGCCGACCGGGUGGAGCCGUACACAGUCACAGAUUACUAUGAAUACUUGCUCGAACUGGAUGCCGACUACGCUGUUAUCGGCGGUGAGUGGGUGGAACGCUCGAAGACAGACCACCCAGAUUUUUCUGUGGUUCCCGACGGCCAAACCUGA